GAACCUGUUGUGACCGCCCUCUUUACCUUGAACAAAUAAUUGAAUCUCUACUUCAACUAAGUACAAUACACUUUUUUCCAUACAAAGCAAUGUCGGCGAUGCAAGUGGCCAACAAGCUCCGGACGGCUUUUACCAAGGGCGCCGGCCCCAGCUUCGGGUUGUGGCAGAUGAUUCCCAGCGCCAAUGUCUCGCGGGUGCUUGCUCGGAGUCCUGGCGUGGACUGGGUUUUGGUUGAUUGUGAGCAUGGGAAUAUUGAUGAUGGCGCCAUGCACGAUGCCGUCCCUGCUAUUGCGGCGGCUGGUGUAUCUCCCAUUGUGAGGUUGCCCGAUAUGCAGAGUUGGAUGGUGAAGCGGGCUUUGGACUGCGGCGCUCACGGGAUUCUCGUGCCGCUGCUCCGGACCGCCCAGGAAGCAAAGGACCUGGUGCAGUCGGCCAAGUUCCCGCCAUGGGGACGACGUGGGUUCGGGUCGCCUCUCGCUAUGGAGCGCUUCAGCCCGGCGCCCAGCAUGACGGAGUAUCUGCAGCAGGCCAACGACAGUCUGUUGACGAUUGUGCAGAUUGAGACCAAGGAGGCUCUCGAGUCCAUUGACGAAAUCGCGGCGGUGGAUGGUAUCGACGCGCUCUUCAUUGGACCCUUUGAUCUUGGGAACAACAUUGGCCACCCUGUAAUUAACGGCGUCAUCGAAAAGGAGUUGAGCGACGCUAUUGAGCGCAUCCUCGAGGCGACUCACAAGGCGGGUAAGAAGGCCGGCAUCUUCUGCACGAGUGGCGAGCAAUCCAAGUUUUUCGCGGAUAAGGGAUUCGACAUGAUUAGUGUGGCGACGGAUUACACAGCAUUGCAAUACACAGUAUCGGAGUCAUUGAGUAUAGCCAGGGGAGGGGCGAAGCCGGCCAAGGGUGGAUCGUACUGAAUGACGCCGU